CCUAGUAAAAAGUUCACUGUCUGUUGGAGGAUGGGGUGAAGAUAAUAAAGAACUAUUCAGUUCUUUCUCAGAUAUUAUGCUAAAUAAAAUUGGCGAGAGUUUUGAGUUAACAAAUAAUGAAGAUGAAGCAAUUGCUCGAGUUGCAAAAGGAACAUUUGCCUACUACGAAAAUAUUCAUACUUUAAAAGAAGUAAGGGCAAAGAGACAACUUUUAGAAUUUGAUGAAAAAAAUCAGGCUUCGAAAAACAGUAAAAACCUAAAUGUUGAUAGAGAUUUGCAUAUUAUGGAAGAGUGUAUAAUUAAUAUGCCGAUAUCUAUCGGAAUGGAUAAAAAUUCUCCACUAAAGCCACAAGUUGAUCGUGUAAUUAAUAAAAUAGUGGAAUCUGGACUAGUAAAAAAAUGGCUGACUGAUGUAACGGAGUGGUCGAAAAUAGUUGAAAUCAAAUCUGAAUCUCAAGGACCAAAAGCUCUCAUAGAUCUCCGAAAACUUUAUGGUAUUUUCGUAGCACUUGGCAUUGGAUAUUUUUUAAGUUUUAUAACACUUAUUGCUGAAAACCUUUAUUGGAGACGUAUUAUUAUAAAAAAUCCAAGAUAUGAUAAAUACCAAAUGGAUCUUUUUUAUAGCUAUUCGAGAAAUUGA